GGCAAGAGUGUGCGAGCCAAGUUACACCUCUUAAAGUGGGGAUGAACACCCAAUAGUAUUUCGCGUGCGAAGCCCGGCCAUGAUGCCCAUCGGUAGCUGGUUUGGACAGACGGCACAGAACACGGGCAUGCGUUUUCGAUUCCCCUCAUGGAAACAAAGGACAGAGAGAAAGUGAGAUGAGCCAUAUCAAUGGAGUUCAAGCGCGCAUUGUCGAACGGGGAUUCCGCUGUGAUUGCAAUACAACCCGCGUCGCAUUUCGUUCGCAACUGUCCGUCCGGUCUCGGUCGCCAUGUCUUCCCAGUCCCAGGAGACCAUUCUCGAGCUCGCCACCAAGGCGAAGCAAGCCGUCCAUUCGCCAGGGAGCUUCAUGACGGAACUGCUGGUGCAGCAGCAGCAGUAUUCCUGCCUGGAGUGGCUCUGCCACUUUGGCGUCCUGAAGCGCAUUCCCCUCGGCUCCUCCUCCAUCGCUUACCACGAGCUUGCCAAGCUGUGCGCCGUGCCCGAGGGAACUCUGCGGGCCGUCACGCGCAUGGUCAUGACCAUGGGCUUCCUGUGCGAAACGCCCGGGGGAGACGUAUCGCACAACGCCCUCUCCGCCCCCUUUGUCGAGAACGACCACCUCAUGACGUGGAUGCUGCACAUGGUCAACCACACGGUCCCGUUCAUGCGCGGCUUCGUCGAGGCCACAGAGCGGUGGGGCGGCUCUGAGCGAACCGACGAGACGGCGUUUAACGUGGCAUUUGGCACCGACCUCGCUUACUUCCCCUACCUCAAGUCGCGCCCCGACCUCGAGCGCGAGUUCGACUCGUACAUGCAGAGCCAGUCCCAGGUCAGCGGUGGGGCCAAGGUAGAGCAUCUACUCAACGGGUUCGAAUGGGGCUCUCUGAGGGACGGCGCCCUGGUGGUGGACGUCGGGGGCGGCAGCGGCAGCGCCUCGCGGGUCGUCGCGCAGGCUUAUCCGGCUCUGCGGUUUCUGGUACAGGACCAGGCCACGCCCAUCCAGAGCGCGCGGGCCCGGAUGGCGAACGGAGCCGCCGGGAACGGGCAAGAUGGGGUCUGGGAGCGCAUCGAGCUGCAGGAACACGACUUCUUCGGGCCGCAGCCGAUCGCAGGGGCCGACGUCUAUCUGCUCCGCAUGAUCAUCCACGACUGGCCAGACGAGAAGGCCACCAAGAUCCUAGAGCAGCUCUCCCGGGCCAUGGGACCCGAGAGCCGCAUUCUCAUCAUGGACAUGGUGAUUCCGGCGCCGGGAUCCGGUCCUGUAAUACUCGAGGCGGCAUUGCGGGAAAAAGAUCUCUGCAUGCGGCAGGUCUUCAACGCCCGGGAGAGGGAGACGAGCGACUGGUAUGACUUGAUCCGCAAGGUCGAUCCGCCAUUAAGCAUCAAAGCCAUCAGGAGGCCAGAUGGGUCCCAGCAUUCAGUUAUCGAAGUGGUGCCCGACCUUGACGCUCGUAGGACGUAGAAGAAUGGCCUAGUCGGCUAAGCCGAGGCUCACCGCCCAAGGACAAAUAUAAUAGGUUCCUGUCACAGACCUCCUUGCGUAUGAUUAACAUAUGAAUCUGCGUAUUUAUAGAAAUCUGCGUACUUAUGUGCUUAGACCCGCCUGAUUAUGGUAAUCAGACCUUUUUCUUUUUCUUUUUCUUUUUUUUUUUUUUUU